AUGCAGGGACCCCUGCGGCCGGCGGUAUUAACACACCUAUACCAUCAGGUGAUGCUGCCGGCCCUAACGCACGCGUCCGCGGUGUGGUGGGCUGCCAGGCCCGACUGCAGACUUAGCGCCCGCGUGACAACGAUGCAGCGCACGGUCCUGCUGUCGCUGUCGGGCGCGUAUCGGACGACGCGCACGGCGUCCCUUCAGGUGUUAAUGCGGGUGCCGCUACUGUCGCUCGCGCUCGACAGGACCGCGGCGGAGUUCAGGCUCUUCGCCCUGCGCGAGGCGGUCGAGUUCGGCGACCUCGCGUUCUCCCCGCGCGACAUCUUAUACCCUGCCGACCCUUGGAAAACACACCCGUCCGAGAUGCGCGCCUUCUCGUUUGCGCAAUUGUCGGUGGCGGCGGCGCGCAGCAGAUCGCGCCACCGACACCGACUCCGCGGCCGCAAGGGGACGGGCGAGGUGUCUAUAUACACCGAUUGCCUGUCUCUGUUGCAAGCAGUCGCGACGCCUGGUUCUACCGACCGCCGGAUCGUCCGCAUAAAGACCGCGCUCGGGGAGGUUGCCCGCUCGUCCGAGGUCCGCUUAUAUCAUGUACCAGGGCACUGCGGCGUCUUCGGCAACGAACUGGCCGACUUCCUCGCGUCGCGGGCCGCCAGGUACGGGUUCGACCGGAAAGCGCCUCUACCUUUCAAGUCGGUUCGCGUUGCGUUCCGGGCGGUUCAACGAGCGCGGUGGGCGCGCUCGUGGCGCGAGGACCAUUCCGACGCGGCGCUGUUUCGAUGGGUGCCGCGCCUCGAGGACGCGCCGUCCUUAUUUCCCCCUCCGCGGGCGUUGGUCACAAUGCUCACGGGGCAUGGCCGCUUCCCCUACUAUUUCCAACGGUUCGGCCUCGCUCGAGAUUCUCUGUGCCCUUGCGGCGCAGAGUGCGAGUCAUUCGAACAUUACUUGGGCGACUGCAGUCUCCCUAGACCAUUGGCCGCCUCUCUGGAACCGCCGGACGCGUUGGCCGUGGCCUGGUGGGCUCGAGCGCGGCCACCUGGGAUGGGUCCGAGACCCGCUGGCGGCCCUCGUGUGGGCCCGCUGGGCGCGGAUGGUCCGCGGCGCCACCGGGGAUCGCGACGGGGCCCCUGCUGCGACUGA